CCGUGGAGGUGAUGGCGAGCGCGGGCUGAGGGGGGGACGCUCCUAAAUGGCGCAGGUAGUUCGAGGGCGCGUCCGCCUGCCUCCUCCUCCUCCGCCACCCCGCCCGCGCGAUGGACGGUCGCCAUGCUCACGCUCACGCCACGGCAGGACCAAAACCACUCGUCUUCGCCAAGAUGGAGGCGCUGGUGAGAGAGAUGCAGGACCCGGAGACAGGGGUGCCCAUUCGAAGCCAGAAAUGGUUUCUCACCUCCAUCCCGUCUUCUUUCAUGGGAUACGAUCUCAUCGAGUGGUUGAUGGAGCGCCUGGAGAUCGAAGACUCAGCCGAGGCCAUCCACCUGGCCAAGGCCAUGUGUCAGUACGGGUACUUCUUCCCGGUCGGCGAGUCCCGUUCCCUCAUCGUCAAGGAUGACUCCUCGCUCUACAGGUUCCAGACACCGUACUACUGGCCCUCACAAAACCACAGCGCCGACUCCACCGACUAUGCCAUCUACCUUACCAAACGGCUGUCUAGGAACAAGCAGAAACACGGUCUCGAGGAUUACGAGCUGGAGGCCUACAACAAACUCAAGAAGACACUCUCUCACAAGUGGGAUUUUAUCACCAUGCAGGCGGACGAGCAGGUUAAACUGGCCAAGGAUCGCAAGAAGGGCGACAAGAUAGUGACGGAUUCCCAGGAGCGAGCUUACUGGCGUGUGUACCGACCUCCACCUGGCUUCACGAACUGCCUCGAGAUCGCCCCCGUCCCGGACAAGACGAACAUGGCCAACCGAGUCCGCAAGAAAACCGUCGACGAUCUAAAGAAAGAUAAUGAGUUCCUUGCAACGGCGGUCGGUCGCACGCGGCAGAAGGUGUCACAGGCGGGCGAGAACCUCCUGACGCACUUCGACACGUAUGCUGAGUACGACCCGCAGCUGUCCUGCCCUUUGCCCUCCAACCCGUGGGUCACUGAGGAGAACGUGUACUGGAUACUAAACAGCCCCAAAGUGGAUACCCUGACUGAGAAACGAGUGCGAAGAUGGGCUAUAUCUAUGGAGGAAUUGCUCAGUGAUCCCACAGGCAAAGAGGAAUUCACAAAUUACUUGCGGAAGGAAUACUGCCAUGAGAACAUCCGCUUCUGGGACGCUGUCAACGAGUUAAGAUGGGGUCCUGCUUCUGAUGUGGCUGAGAAGGUCCAAAGUAUAUACGAGGAGUUCCUGAAACCCGGGGCGCCGUGCGAGAUCAACAUUGACGGGAAGACCAUGGAGAAGACGCAGUUGCUGAUGAAGCAGCCGACUCGUUACACCUAUGACUUGGCUUCAGAGCAUGUCUACGUUCUUCUCUUAAAGAAGGAUUGUUACCCGAGGUUCCUCAGGUCCGAAAUGUACAAGAAUCUGAUCGCAACGGCCAUCCCUUUGCCGCCACACAAGAAAAGGUUCCCCUUCAACUUCGGGCCGGGCAAGAAGAAAGCCUCGACGGCCUCGGCGCCCAACAACAUCUCCCUGUCCCAGACGCCGCAGCCCCUGAAGCGCCACGGGUCCGACGAGCAGACGGCGGCGCUGGGAGGGGCGGCUCCGCACGGCAGCAGCAGUUCAGUGGGGGACGAAGGAGGAUUAGGCAUCCACAUAGGAGGCCCUUCAACCACCAGCAACAAGCUUGACUGUGAUCCUCCAUAUAGGGGCGAUCUUCCCAGUGCAAGAUAUGUAGGCCAUUGCAAUACAGUGGGGUUAAGCUAUGCUUCGGAGAAACAUAGCCUGGUUCCCGUGGAUGUAUCACAGAGUAACACAGUCUGCCCCUGGGAAAGUAACACAGAAACAUCCACCGCCAAUGUCUGCCCCUGGGAGACGAGUGCGCCUCCAACGACUAUGCAGAGUCAACAGUCACUCAAAUGCUCCGACCAAAAGCUGAGCCACCCCAAAGCACGGCCAGAUAGAUCCAAAUCAGUCGACGUGAGUUCUCUCAGCAAGAGGCACGGGUCCGUCUCCGUGGCUCCGAGUCUGGUGCCAGUGCUGACCGAGGACAGCCACCACCUCCAUCUGUCCUUGGAGAACCAGAGCUGCCCAAUCGCUACAACGGAGAAGUCGAAGUCCAUCUCCAUUGAUGUGGAUGUUUGUCCUUGGGAAGUAAACGAGCCAGUUAAAAAGGCCUCGACCAGCUCCGCUCCCGGGAUGGUCACAGGUGAUUCAUCCAAUUUGCAAUCUUCAGGUGCGCUGCAGGCACAACCAGAGCAUGCAGAAAGGCCUUCAAAAUCAUCGCCAGGGUCAGGAAGCAGUAUAUCCUUUAGAGAAAGAGGAAGCAAGGAAUCAUCCCGACCUCCGAAUGAAAGAAAAAUUUCUAUACAAGUUUGUCCUUGGGAAAAGGUGGAAGAGGAGAUAGGAGGAGCAGAGACUCACAGUUCAUGUAUAGUUAGUGAUAAGCCACUGGGAAGAAGACCAAGUGACACCGUUGAAAAUAGGUUAGAGCAAGCCACGAAACCCAAAGAAAAGUAUGCUAGUACGGUUUCCGAAAGCCAAGUCACCCCUGAGUCUUUGGGAAUGCAGAUGGCCUUGGAGCCCCGGCAAGGGGCAGGCAGUGAAGGAACAUCUUCACCAUCAUCCACAUGUUCAUCAUCAAGCCAUAGCGACUCACGUCGUAUCAAGAUUGACUACACAGUCAGAUCAGGUCACCUUCCAGGCCAGUAUGGUCUACCAAUCAUCACUACGCCCAUGGGCAACGUCAUACCAUCAACUCAGCAGACUGUGCACGGACACGUGGGCGCCACCCUGAGCAGCGGGAACACAAGCACAAGCAGCAGCAGCAGUGCUGGCGGCGCUCCCCAGAGCACUGCGCGAGCAGAGUCUCCAAGAGCAGCCGGAACGCUUCCUUGCCCAGCCGAAGGAGGCAGCAAGCCGAACUCCCCGAAGGUGGCGACCAACGUGGUGGCGCCGUGGGAGGGAAACCCGCAGAAGAUGGCCGACAUCUGCCCCUGGGAAGAUGAGGAAAGCUGCAAGGUUGAUACACCCUUUGUGAAGACCUACGCAACACUGGGUUACUUGUAGCAGAGGUUACACACACUAGCCAAAGCAGGUCCGAGCUUAGUAGCAGCUGAAACCAAGCUGUGAUUGCGGUUUAGUCAUUCUGUACUGAGCCAGGCUGGUACUGGAAGAGAAAAAGACGGUGGGCAUGGAAAGGAGCUGAAGAUUUGUUAGUAGUUACCCUUCAAGUUUGGAAGAGACAGGAAAGGUAUCGACAGGUCUGGAUGCAGAGAAUGAACAGGAAGAGCACAAACCGUGAGCUUGAAUGAGAAGCAAGGAAUAGCGUCUAGUCAGUAGCACGUCUCCCUGAGGCUGAGUGCCCACAGCUGAGCCCUAGAAAUGCACCGCCAGUGAGGCGUGCCCGAGGCGUAGACGACAGGCGAAACUGAAGGACUGUUAAAGAUUUGAGGGCCGUGCAGCCCUAAUGUUGAUGGCGCCAAGGAAGAGGAUUACGACGCAACCAUGUUCCUCGCGUGGGGUCUGCACAGCAAGGCGUCUCUGACUCUCUUAUCUCCAACAGCAUGCAGAAUUAUCCUCGAAACAGUGUUGAGAAUUGAAUAACCAUUACCAAAACAAUUAUAAAGUCAUUAUUAUGACCAGCAUGGUUGGACUGAACCUCUCAGAGCCGGCUUGCUAAAUUGAGAGGAUGGGUCAGACCUCCGCGAACAUGACCAUCUGAACUGGUAUGCCUUAUGUCUUCUUCCUUGGCUGAAGCUUCGAGUUCUAGAAUGGAUCGGGCUGGCUUGUCGAAGGGAAAUGGGUGAUAUCACUUGUCUGUUGGUUCUGCAAGAAGAAACGAAAGUCGAGGAGUGUGAAGGUGAAUCAUACCUCGGAGUGGAAGGGCAAUUAUUCUAACAGGUCCUGAUGCUUCUUAACAUUCCUUUGGGUCGAUUAAGAACUUUUGAGCUGUUGAGACCUGUCUUGGCACAAUACAGCACUGAUGCCACAAUCACAUGCUUGUUACCUAGGUGCAAAUUAAUUGUGUAAUAUGUGUUACAUGAAGAUGAUUGACUUUUAAGAUCCUGAGACUAGAAGAGGUCAUUGUCCAGAAUUUUGUGCACUGAAAAGUUACAUUUACUUAGUGGAAACUAUUGUAAGCUCUAAGUGGGAAGUUAUGGCAUAUACUGUUGUGAAUUGAAGACAAGUCCUUGGUAAAUAAUUCAUUAUUACAAUAUAGGAAAUUCAACAUGGAUUAGUAUAGAAUUCUUCAGUAUUAGAUCGAAGUGGCACAAAAGUAAAUCUAGACAAAAAAUCAACAAUUUAAUGUAAUUUAGAUCACCUUUGUAGACUGGUAAAACAUCAAUAGAGAAGCAUAGACUAUUCUUGUUCAUUCCAGUUGUUUUCGAACUAGGGAUGUGACUGAGUCGUAGGCGGCUGAUCGCUAGGUGUGAGUGUGUAUAUAAUUGUUUCAUGUUGUCUUGAGUGGUAUAAUCGUCUGUGCACAGCGCUUCUUCACGUACGGGUGAGGGCAUAUCUGGGCGAGAGGGCAUGCCUUCAGCUGAGAUCCUAUUACUACUUUUUUCUUUGAGCUGGGUAACUUUAUCCAAUGUAUAAUUUCCUAAAAGCUGAACAAGAGAAACAUUACGAUAUUGUGCAAUCAGCUGAAAAGUUAUCCGUGAGAACGAAGAUGACAGUUACGAAAUAACGAGGUUACACCAUCAGCCACCAGCUGAAGGCAGAGCCACUAAGUGUUACCAACAAACUAACAAUGGUACAACGAUACCAAAAAUACCUUAAAUGAAUACCUGUUUACCUUGAUAUUUUCAUAAGAUAUGAUUGUUUGUCUAAUUCUAUCUGUUAUUCAGUUGAAAUAUUAGGCAAAAAUAACAUGUUAAAUUAAACUAGAAAAUGUUAUAGAACCAAAAACAUAUAUUUUGUAAAUUAGUAUUAACCAGCCCAACUUGGCGCUGACGUACGUUUUUCAAUAGAAGCUUUUCUUAUGUAAAAGGUCAGCUUCUCAGAAAGAAAAGGAAUCAUAAUGCAGAUGCGGUUAAUCGGCUGACUAUAUGUAAAUUUACAUAUUAAGGGAUAUUUUACACACCUAGGAUCAUUUACGUUGAUUCUGGUGUACUUGUUAAUAAGCUCUGUCUUAGUCGGAUGCCACAAUUCUAAGAAAAUAAGAAUAGGUAUUGAAGUGUAAGAGGAGUGUUACUAUUGGUAUAUCAUUUUCACAAAGCAUUAUGUAGAUUCAUAUGUUAAGAUCACUUGACCUUCACCCGUUUGUGCGCGGCCAUAGAAGCCAUUCUCGGUGGACCAAGACAUGCAUCAUAUGCCAGUUGUACAUGUUCAUGGAAGAUUGGCGAUUUCAGGAAGACACCAGAGUUUCCAUAUCAGACAGAUCCUGGACAAAAUUCGAAGUUUUACUCCUUUCGUAUAAGUUCAAAGUAAGAGCAUGUUUCGCUGACCUAAUUUGUACGAUAGAGUAGCGUUCUUGUUUUUCAGCUGAACGAGGGGGCCCAACACCUCCUGGGAUCGUCAAGCCUUCAAUGCGCUUCUUACUUCAUUUGCUAUUGUUGCCACCAUACGUGAAGCUAUUUUGAAAUAUAAAUAUGUUUGUAACAAAUACUUGCAACUUUUGUAUUGUUUAAUUGGCAUGAUAUAAGUUUUAAACUUAAGCCUACCAGAGUUGUUGAAAGAAAAUUUAUAUUAAACUUCCUCAUAGAUUUGUGCCAAGGCAAUCGAUUAUCGUUUUGUAGCUUAAAUUGUAUAUUUAUACCAAUAAUAUUAUCUCUUUCACUUUUAUGAAAUCACCUUAACUACAGUUCUUUCUAGCAUAGUAUCAUGAUCUUUGUGUUUAUGUGUGAUGUCAGACAGGGCUAAAUCACAUUUCUUGUUUUUCACUGCACAGGACAAUAGUUCCAUGUCCCACUAGAUUAAUGCAGUGAUUGCUUAUUUUGCUUUAUAUUGUGCAUCAAGUUUCACUUAUAAAUAAAAUAUAAGUUACUCAUA